AUGUUUUCCCCCGGAAGCAGCGAUGUGGCUCUUCCGAUGAUGUUUGCACUGUGGUUCUGCUGGGGCAUCUGGCCCUCCGCACGGAAGCAAGGGGGUUCUGACAACGUGAACUUUGGAUUGACGUACAUCUUCUCCCAGAUACUUGUAUCCCUUCUCCUCUGCUUUACGCUUGGCAUGGUAAACCCGGCAGAUGUGAGGCACUUUGAUGAGGAGCUGUUCCCCCAGAUGCUUUGGAAGGAUCUCUCUGAGAAGUUUGCUGCAGUUCUCGUCGCCGUGCUGGCUGGCGUGUUGCUCUGCAGUGGAGACUUCGUCAUGGCCAAGGCCAUCGACGUGCUGGGCCUCGCAGUGGCAUGCCCGAUCGGUUUUGGUUUGGCCCUCACGUUCGGAACAGGUCUGAGCUACGCGAUAGAGCCCAAGGCUGAUCCCCGCUUGCUGUUUCCCGGGCUGGGAGCUUGCCUGCUUGGUAUUCUCUGUGAUGCAGCCUCGCACGCGCAGUCACCCAAACAAUCUGCAGGAUCUUCCCAGGACGAUGCGAAUGCAUCCAAAGCCAAGUCGCUGGGCAAGACCUCAGCUGCGACCGCGGACGAGGUUAAAGUUGUGGUCGCGCAGACCGACCAGAAUGGCCACGAUCGCUUCGUGUUCCUGUUGCCGAUCGCAGGAGGUUUGCUCUGCGGAAGCAUGGGACCAAUCAACACCGCUGCUGCAACAGCUGGGCAGCUGCAUCCCUUCAGCCAGUUCUUUUCCUUCAUGAUGGGGCAGCUGGUUGCAAUUUUCCCGCUAGUGUCUGCCUUUCACUGGAUAUCCCUUGGAAGCGAGGGGCGCAGGAGUCGUUCAUUCUGGUGCAUUCCCUGCACGCUCUGGAGCAGCUAUCUCGGGGCAUGCAAACAGCGUCGCAAGGCGAUGUUGUGGGAUGCCUUCGCCGGCACUUGUGUGGGCACGGGCUACUUCCUGUUCAUGGUAGGCACACCGGUGGUCUCCAAAGCCGUGGGCUUCAUUUUUGGAUCCUCCAGCUUGCUCCUCUCGGUGCUCAUGGGAGUGCUGGCCUUCAAGGAGCUGAGUGGAGCCAGUGGCAGGCAAAAGGCGCUCUGUGGCUGCUGCGUGGCGUUUCUGGUCGCCGCGCUGGCCCUGAUGUGUGUGGCUUCAGUGUGA